GUGUUUCUGCUCUUCUUUUCUCCCCUACAGCUCUUGAAUUUCCCCCAAGCAAGCCGCCGGCACCAGCCUUGAGGAAACCGGUAGGAAGCUUGGAUUUCUCCUUAUUUUCUUGUUCUAGAACUGAAAAGGGAACCCAGAAACCUUCUCCCCCUGCUGGAAAUCCGGAUCUGCUGCUGCUCUGCUCCUCACCGCCGGCUGUUCCUUGCUUGUGGGUGCGAAUUGCCUUGAUUUUCUGAUUUCCCCUUGAAUUUCCCCUGCAGAUGCCGCCGGCUCUUCCCCCAAACUGUAGUCCGGUUGUGCUAGGAAAAUUAUGUUACUGUUCACGUCGGGGUUACUGUUCACCGGCUACUGUUCACACCCCGAGAGUCGACAAUUAACGGGGAUUUAAAUGAUUAGUUUGUGAUAUAAGAACGAAUUUGGAGAUAUUUGAUCAUGUGGAGAUUUAUGGAAAUAGCUUUGUGAUUAGGAAUGAUCUUAAUGAUGAUUUCAGUGUAAAUUUGUGAUAGUGGUAUUAAUUCUUGAAAUAUCUUGAUUAGGUUCUUGAUCGUCCUGUCAGUUUAGUACGUGAAUUGAGUGCUCGGUUUUAUGCGAGUGAGGUAAGUAAAUUUAUGGUAAUGCC